AAAUUGGCCGCGCACGCUUCCUCCUCUCGCCGCCUCGAGUUCUUACCGGAACAGUUUCGCCGCCGGAUUUUCACGAUUCCUCGCAGAAGCAAAGAGAGUUUCUUCGAUUUUGAAAAAUUGCACUAAAUGGUGGUGACAAGAGAAGAUAAAUUUGCUGGAAGCUAUUUGGGUGUUAAACCUAUGAUCGGUCCUUAUAAACUGAGGCAAAAUUGUGGGAGUUAUCUCCCUGAAGUUGAAAACUCUAGAGGUCACUUUCCUCAAACAAAUUGGUCGGAACAUGCCAAGGCCUUUGAGUGUAUACCAUCCGUAAAUAAGUCUCUGAGCUCUAAUCUCCUUUACUCUCUAGAAAGUCAAAAGCAUAGAAGAAGUAGAGAUUCGGCUUCAAGGCCAAUUGAGAACGUCAUCCCUGUAAAUAUGCAGAAUUUGACACGCCAACAAAUUGAAAAGGCUUGGUGUGCUCUUACAAAUCUCUCAAUAAAUCAUACCUACCUGAGACCUGGCAUCACUCCUGCAGUUGAUGAUAGCAGCACUAAUUGUACAUCUUCUAUGAGAGGAAGAUCCACUGUUAAAGUUACAUCUAACGCUGAUGGAUCUUUCUACGCACACAAUCAUCCAGAGCAGAGUCAGGAGAGUGUAAGAGGCACUGCAAGAUCGUUUGACCGUUUCUCCUCCUCUUUCCCAGGGGAUGGUAAAUUAACUGCUGGCAAGGUUCCACGGGUAAAUAAUGAGGUUAGAGAUUCAGUAACCGGUUGUAAAUACAUAAAUGGUAUGGACAUACAACCAAUCAGAAACUUCGCACUCCCAGCUAGGCAGGUGGAAGCUAGUCUUAUUGAGAUUGAUGAUGAUGACAUACUCGAGAUUAUUGACGUAGACCAAAUUGUGAUGGAAAACUACCAUUUAACGUAUACCCCCCAACCAUCUGUUAAUAUAUUUGCUUCAAGAGGAGAAGAAGUGCCCUGUUUGCCUCCUGAAUUAUGUUCGAACUGUAGUCAUGGAGUAAAAUUAGGGCUUUGUCUUGAAGCUUCCACCCAUGUGGAACAAAUGAAGGACGCACUGCUUGCAAUAUCAAAUAAACUGCUUGACGAUUCUACAGACCUGAGCCGUGAUCAUUCUGAGCAGCUUUGUCAAGAGAGGUUACUGUUGAAAAACCAAAUUCAGCAGCUCGAGAUACUUAUCCAAAAUAAAGAAAGGAAAAAGUCAUCUACACCAACUCAUAAUUUUCAGUACGGAACACCUCAAAUAACAAAUUGUAAGGUUGAUUAUGCGCAAACAGAUUCUCGAGAAGAACAAGGCAGAUAUGUAAGUGAUAACUGGAAUAUGCCAAGAGACUAUUUAUUAUCUGAAGAUAGGUAUGGUCUUUCUUCUGGUCCUGUGGAGAGGGAACGACAUGUUCCCGAGAUUAUAGAUGUCACUUAUACCGAUGGUUCAAAUGACACAAAGUGGUGCAGUCGUGAUUUUCCUUGGACGAAAAAUUUGGAGAUCAAUAACAAGAGAGUGUUUGGAAACCACUCAUUUCGACCCAACCAAAGGGAGAUCAUCAAUGCUACAAUGAGUGGUUGUGAUGUUUUUGUUUUGAUGCCAACCGGAGGGGGGAAAAGCUUGACAUAUCAGCUUCCCGCUCUGAUCUGUGCAGGAAUAACAUUAGUCAUUUCUCCACUUGUUUCACUCAUUCAAGACCAGAUAAUGAACUUAUUGCAGACCAAUAUACCUGCAGCUUCCUUAAGUGCCGGAAUGGAGUGGGGUGAACAACAAGAGAUACUUCGGGAGCUGAGCUCUGGGAAUUCUAAAUACAAGUUCCUGUAUGUCACACCGGAAAAAGUGGCAAAAAGUGAUUCCCUUUUGAGGCACCUUGAAAGCUUAAACUCCCAUAGUUUGCUUGCUCGAUUUGUUAUCGAUGAAGCUCAUUGUGUGAGUCAGUGGGGGCAUGACUUUCGACCAGACUACCAGGGUCUUGGUGUUCUGAAGAAGAAGUUUCCUAACAUUCCCAUGUUAGCUUUGACUGCUACUGCAACAGCCAGCGUAAAAGAAGAUGUUGUACAAGCUCUUGGCCUGGUCAACUGUGUUGUGUUCCGGCAAAGUUUUAAUCGCCCAAAUCUAUGGUAUUCUGUUGUUCCCAAGACAAAUAAGUGCUUGGAAGAUAUUGACAAGUUUAUCAGGGAAAACCAUUUUGAUGAAUCUGGCAUUAUUUAUUGUCUUUCAAGAAUGGACUGCGAAAAGGUCACUGAAGCGUUGCAGAAGUUUGGCCAUAAAGCAGCCUUCUACCAUGGCAGUAUGGAUCCUGCUCAACGUGCCUUUGUCCAGAAACAAUGGAGCAAGGAUGAAAUCAAUAUAAUAUGUGCUACAGUUGCAUUUGGAAUGGGAAUCAAUAAGCCUGAUGUUCGUUUUGUAAUUCAUCACUCUCUCCCAAAGUCCAUAGAAGGCUAUCAUCAGGAAUGUGGUCGUGCUGGUAGGGACGGUCAGAGUUCAUCAUGUGUUUUGUAUUACAGUUAUAGUGAUUAUAUUCGAGUUAAGCAUAUGAUUAGCCAAGGAGGACCUGGCCAAGGCCCCACGACAAUGGGAUAUAAUCGUCUAGCAAGUGCAGGGAGGAUACUCGAAACGAACACUGAAAACCUUCUUCGAAUGGUUAGUUACUGUGAAAAUGAGGUCGAUUGUCGACGUUUCUUACAGCUAGUUCAUUUGGGUGAAACAUUUGAUUCAACAAACUGCAAAAAGACAUGUGAUAAUUGUUCCAGCAGCAGAAGUUUGAUUGACAAAGAUGUAACUUUGAUUGCAAGGCAACUGGUUGCAUUGGUGAAGCUAACAGGAGAAAGGUUUUCUUCAGCUCAUAUUAUAGAAAUCUACAGGGGAUCUUUAAACCAGACGGUCAAAAAACACAGACAUGAGACUUUGCACCUCCACGGAGCAGGAAAGCAUUUAGCUAAAAGUGAAGCCUCUCGCAUCUUGCACUAUCUUGUGACAAAGGACAUUCUCGCAGAAUAUGUUAAAAAAAGUUAUCUGUAUGGAUCUGUAUCGUCGUUGCUGAAGGUGAAUAGAUCAAAGGCUGACGCAAUCUUAUCUGGAGGCCAGACUAUAAUAAUGAGAUUUCCUUCGGCUGUUAAAGUAUCAAAGACGAGCAAAUCAGGAGCAAUCCCAGCAAAAGCUCCACUAAAGCAAACUACUUUUACUCCUCUAAUGACGCAUGCUCCCUCACAAGAUUCGAUUCUCUCCGUUACCUUGUACACAGCCUUGAAAAAGCUGCGUACUGAUAUUGUCAAGGAAUCCUCAGAUGCAGUAAUGGCACAUCAUAUAUUCGGCAAUGGGACGCUUCGGCAGAUAAGUAAACGCCUUCCCAGAACCAAAGAGGAAUUACUCGAUAUCACUGGUCUUGGAAAAGCCAAGGUGAACAAGCAUGGGGAUCGUUUAUUGGAAAUUAUUGAAUCAACCAUCAACGAGCACUACAGAACAGAGAAGAGCGAGGGUCCUGGGUCAGGGAAGAGGAGAAGAAAUGAGAACAUUAGUCCAAAUGUAGCAGACGAUGAUGAUCCUGAUUGGACCCCGACUCACUCGCACAAAAAGGCAGUGAAGAACAAAUAGUAACCAGGUUCAUGGUGAAAUGUGACCAAAACAAAAUGGUAAAUGAGAGUAGUUUUGUUUUAUUGUGUCUCGGUGUAAAUAAUUCUCCCUUGUUGCAGAUGUGGAGAUAUUAGUUACAUGUUUUACUAUACGACAAACUAACUCAUACAACCUCAAACUGGAUGUG